AUGGCUGAUUUCCAGUUACUUUGUGAGCCAAACGAGUCUUUGCCUUACUACUCUGAUAAAGUGAUAUUGAGCGAUUCAGUGUUGAACUCUUUGCUCACCAAAAAUCUUUAUGGCAGCCAUCUUCACAGCAACAACAGCACUGCUGCUUCCUCGCCUCUCAUCUUCAAAAUCACUGUCUCUGUUGCUCAAUCACAGUACUCGACAUUUGUUGGUGUUCGAGAGUUUUCUGCUCCAGAUGACGUUGUUUAUUUGCCUGGCAUCAUUCAAGAAAGACUACAUAUAAAUGGGUCUCAGAGAGUAUCUGUUUCUCCUGUUACUGAUGUGCCCAAGGGCUCCUCUCUAGCGGUUUCCUAUCAAGAUGAUGAUGCUGAAGAGAACGAUAAUGACCAGGCUAAUCCAAUUAACAUCAGCUCCAUCAAGUAUUUUCUUGAGGCAAAUUUAAUGAAGUACUAUACAACAUUGACCAAAAAUGAGAGUUUGAAAAUUUACGAUAAUAAUCUCAACAGGUUACUAGUUUUUAAAAUAACUGACACUUCACCAAGUGAUACAAUUUGUAUAAUCGAUACAAAUUUGAUAUUUGAUCUUCAAUUCAAGAAUACUAUUGCUACUGAUAAUAAUAAUAAUAAUAAUAAUAAUGACAAUACUUCUAAUCAAAAGAUUGAUAAAAUUAUUCCUACUAAUGAACUUCCUAUUAAGAAAAUUGAUGAUUUCAAUUCACCAAUAAAUUUGCCUUUAAAUUCUUUAUCAAUUCAAAGUAUCUCUUUGCAAAGAUUAUACCAGUUUGACAUAACAUCAAUGAAAAAAAAUUUUAAAAACCUAAAAUCGUUCUAUCUAUUAUAUUCAAUUAAAAAUGACUUGAAUCUAAAUUACGAUAAAUCUCAAAUCGAUCAAUUAUUAAAUAAUCUAGAUUUCUUUAUUUCAAAUGACAAAUUCGUCUCAAAAAAUCGUUUUAUUUGGUCAUCACUUUUGUCCUCUAUAAUCUUCAACCAAUCAACUAAUUUAUAUUACAAAUUUAUUAAAAUUGACUUGAAUGAUACUUUGCUUGUAGGCAAAGACUCUCUCUAUAUUUUUCCUUCAAUUUGGGAUCAAUCACUAAUAAUAAAUCAUUCUAACAUAAAUAUCUCAUUUAGAUUCCUAGAAAAUACCUCUGAUUAUUCAGAGACUAUCCAGAAUAAUAUAAAUAUAGACACUGAUGAUGCAAUUUGCUCCAAUUGUGGAAAGCAAAUUCCCAAGAGAAACAUAGCUAUCCAUGAAACCUUUUGUUUUAGAAAUAAUAUCAAGUGUCCUAAUCCAAACUGUCCCGAAAUAAUAAGUAAAAAACAAAAAAAACCUAAUCAUUGGCAUUGUGAUAAAUGUACUAAUUUCUUAAAUGAGUUCAAAAUUUUAGGAAACACUUUUUUUCAAAAUUCAAAUUUGGAAUUUUUUAAAGCUGAAAUUCCCUCCAAUUUUUUUUCUCCAUUAUCUCCCUUUUUGUUUGAUUCAAUACAAUUUUUAUCAAAUUACUUAUUUGAUAUUAAAAAUUUUAAAUUGUCUAAUCUACCAUUAACCUACUCGGAAUUCUCUUUACAAAAACAUGACCACAUUUUUCAUCAAAAUCAUAAAUGCCUGGGUUGUUCAAAGGAUUUUGACAAUCUUUUGUUUUUAUCAUAUCAUAAAGCUAUUGCAUGUCCCUCAGCAUUACAUGAAUGCAAGUUUUGCCAUUUAAUUUUACCAAGAGAUAAAUCCACUUAUGAAGACAUUGCUUUCAAUCUUUCUCAUCAUGAAUUAUCAGUCUGUGGCUCUAAGACAAUUCAAUGUUUUACUUGUUUUAAAUACAUAAAACAACUAAAUUAUCUUUCUCAUAUGAAGUUACAUGAUAUUAAAACAAUAGAAAAAAUUAAAUCAAAUGUCAUUAAAAAAUGUCUUAAUAAAAACUGCAUUAAUCUUAUUCUGAUCAAUGAAAAAAGACUAAAUAAUAAUGAUCUCCAAUUAUGCGAUGUCUGUUUUGGCCCUUCAUACUCAACGCUAGAUGACCCACACUUGAGAAAAAUCAAGAAUAGUUUUGAAAGAAGGUAUGUUCUUCAGUUGACAAAAGGAUGUGGAAACUCGUUUUGCAAAAAUCCUGAAUGUAUCUCAAGUGGUUCUUCUUCCUCACUGAAAUAUAAAACUUUCAAAGACAAGUUUCAACACAUUUUAAAUGACUUAAUGGUUUCCAUUCCAAAAAUUGGAAAUGGUAAAGAAAUGUUUUAUUAUUUUUGUGUUAGAGAAGAUAUGACAAAGAAAAAGAUGCUUGCUGACAUUGCUUACGAAGACCUCAAAAAGACAUAUCAUUACAUUGCAGUCUGUGAAGCUGUUCAUGAGCUUUCGCGGGCCAAAACAAAAAGCAAAUUCGGUGGUUUCAGUGAUGGAGAUGCAAUCGACCUCAGCUUUGACAAUAGCCACAAAAAACAGCAGCUUAGCGUCAACAACAUCAAAAAAUGGUUAGCCCGAAAUGGGCUCUCGAAGGGUGAAACCUGA